GGCAGUAGCAUUGCCCGAAUGGAAACGUAAUGGACGUUCAGCACUUAGAUUUUAGGCAUCGCGAAUUUUGUUUAUAUCCUCGAUAAUCGGCUUCAAAAACUUUUGGAAUCACUUUUAAAAGCAAUUUUAUUAUGCAAGGAUGUAGUGCGUGCAUUCAAUAUUAUAAGAAAUCGUGUGUUUAAUGUAUUUUUUUGUGUCUUUAUACAGCACCAUUCUGUAGUUGAGCAAAUUGAUUGAGUAGAAACCAAGCAUAAUUUUUUCCGUAGUUUUAUUGUUUAAAAAUCAAAAUUUUGUUGUUAUAUUAAGUUUAAAUGAACAUUUGAUUGUAUAAUAGUUGUUACUGUGUAAGUUUUACGUCGUUUUAAGUGUAAUAUAUCGUUAUUCCACUGGAAGAUAUAAAAUGGUAUAUUGAGUCUCAUAGAAGAUGGCCCUCUGCGAAAGUCAAUUGGACUCCGCCCUGCCUCAGCUGAAGAGGGAGGAGUCCCCGUCGAGUGAGAACAGCCAGGCCGAGUCGCCGGAGAAGAAGCCCAAGCUGGAGCACAAUGGUGCCAUUUACGGAUUGGAUAAAGUGCCUGCUGGUAUACCGCUGAGUGUGGAUUACCGAGAUCCGGUGUGUCACUUCGUGCCUCCGGCCGUCGAGUUCGCAGCCAGAAAGAGUCCAGCCAUCAGUACUUCGGACACGAACACAAGUGACACUGGUACACCGGUGAAGAGGAAGCGUGGUAGGCCCAAGAUUGACAAGACCAGUCCGGAGUACCUGGCCAAUUUGGCUGCGAGGAAACAGGCCAAGGAUAUGGCGGCAGUGAUGAACAACCGUACCACUCCCGGCGCGGGGGAGAAACGCAAACGCGGACGGCCCCGCGUCGAUAAAACAAGUCCGGAAUACCUCGAGCGUAAACGGUUGCGCGAACAGGAAGCGUUAGAAAGGAAAGCCAAAAGGGAAUAUAAGCGCCGCGGCGCCGGUGCGAAACCGCACGGCGGCGUUGGCUUAAAAGUGUCAUCGCGCAUAAAAAAGUUAAACGCCAACCGUCAAGCAGUAAAAAACAAAUCGACGCUUAGGAAAUUACCGUCAAAAAUGGCCGUAAGGAAAGCCGGCGACAAAAAAGAAUUCGUGAUUAGAAGAAACGCGAAAUUCAUAAAGAGGAAAGAUUCUGCCGCCUCGUCGUCAGCCGGCGACACGCCGCGCGUUAAACGUAAAUACACUAAAAGGAAUCCAGGAACUAAGAAGAGUGAUUCUACUCCGUCGGGUGAACGGGUGAAGGGGAAACGUGGAAGGCCAAGGAAAGACGUCCAGCUUAGCAACAACCGUCCGGAACAAGCCAAAAUACGUGUGAGAAAUAACCUCAUGCCGAUAAACACGGAGCCGAUCGCGGUGGACAGCGACGACGAGCCGGAUCUUGGAUCCCCGAGCCAGGCGUCUGAUUCACUAAGUCUCGACGAGAAUUUGCGUGCGUUGAGACACAUACACGAGAAAUACGCAAACAUCGACAAAGACGACCUUUACCAAACUCAUUUAUUGGCCGGAUUCAAGAAACCGCCCAACGACCAGCAGAGAUUCAGGGAUGACGACGAGGUCCUCUCCGUCAGGAGUUCCGAAGGUAAUGCGUCAGUGAAAGAAGCCGAUACGAGAGUUGAGAAACUCGAGGACAGCUCCAAUUCUGAUUCUGACAGCAGCAGUUCUGGCUCUGGGUCGUCGAGUUCGGGCUCGAGUUCGUCGUCGAGCUCCGGCAGCUCGAGCUCGUCGGACAGCUCCGACUCGGAGUCGGACAGCGAGAGAAGCAAGACUGAAGCCGCGCCGCUCAACGCCAGCCCGCCGCCCAUAAAUAAUGCAUCACACGAAGACGAAAGGUCGUACGGAGAAUGGUCGUACAGCGGUAACCAAUCCGAUUCAGAUUCUGAUCACGAGAGGACCACGGACAUACCACCGCCACAGGACGACAUCAGCGAGUCGGACAAUGAGUCGCCGGACAAGCGUUUCCAGUGUCGACUCUGUCGCAAGUGGUACUCCACGAGGGUCACGCUCAAAAUACAUCAGCGUUCGCAUCAGAAUAGAGGCAGCGGUAACUCACGGUCGCGGGCGAGGUCUUCAGAUCGCUACGAGUGUGAUUGUUGCAACGAAACAUUCAGUCGCAGGGAGAAACUAUGGGACCACAAGGCAAAAGAGCACCGCGGCUCAAUGACAGUCCGAUGUGAAGUUUGCCGCAAGUGCUUCGAGGACGACGCCGAGUUGGCGGCGCACGACCGCUCACACACGGCUGACGAGAGAGCGGGCCGCUGCUCAGAGUGCGGCGCAACAUUCAGCCGCUUCGACCAGCUGCGGCGUCACCGCGCAUGCGCACACCCGCUGUCCGCCAGCAGCGGGAAACUGCCGCACGCGUGCUCACAAUGCGGCAAGAGGUUCUCACACGCCCACAGCCUCUCCAGACAUCUGCAGAACCACGCUAGACAGCUGUACAGAUGUGUCGUCUGCAAGGCAUCAUUUGCGCGCGCAGACCAGUUGGCUCAGCACCUCAAUAGCCAUCUCGCAAACUACAAGAGACUUCAGCCUUAAAAAUAUAUAUAAAAAGAUAUAAGAAAAAGAUAAGAAAAGUUAAGAUACGGGACCGAAACGGGAGAGUGCAAGGAUGAAAUUUUGACUAUGGAAACAAUGAUUAUUAUUAUUAUUAUAUUAUAUUAAUAUAGAGUUUUAUUUAUAA